AUUUCACAUUGCGCUUAUUAUCAAUAAUAGACCACUUUAUGCAUAAUGUACUUGGUAUCGAUGCUUAUAUAACAAUAUUCCUCUAAAAGUAAAAGCCACUUUUAUGGUUAUAUGAAUGUGGCUUGUGCUCAGCAUGUUAACCUCAUUUCCGUCUCAUCACAUCAUCAGCUGAUGUGUUGUUCAUCAUCGUAAACAUGCCGACCGUAUAAAAGCCCCAGAUCAUCCACCAUGCAAUUGUUCGGCUUGUCGCGUUUGGCAUGUUUGUUAUUGCCGUUUACGGCAGUAGUCGGGGUCGAAGCUGCCGCAGACCGUGAUGUAAAACAAGUUGCAAUCAUCGGUGCUGGGGCUGCUGGUUCGUCGACGGCGUACCACCUACGCAAGUAUGCCGGAGAACACGGUAUUGAUGUCAAUAUCACCAUAUUUGAAAAGACUAGUCAUAUCGGUGGUCGCACUCUCACAGUCAAUGUUUACGAUGACCCUCUUAAUCCGGUUGAGCUAGGUGCUUCCAUCUUCGUUGAGGUCAACCACAUCCUCUAUGAUGCCUGCAAGGAAUUCAAUUUACCCCUCAAGGAACCAGGCACCGACGAGGAUGGGCUUCUUGGCAUAUGGGAUGGAACGAGUUUUAUUUACACGCAGGAUUCGAGAUCUUGGGGAUGGUGGAAUAUAGCCAAACUACUCUGGAAGUAUGGCUCUGCGCCCUACUACACUCAUCGCCUUGUCCAAGAGACCGUCGCGACCUUCUUGAAACUCUACCAGGCACCAUAUUUCCCAUUUAGGUCGCUAUCAACUAGAGCCUAUGAACUUGGCCUUGUUCGGACAACCGGAUCUACAGGAGAACAAUUCCUGGAAGAAAACAAGCUUAAUGGACCCUUUGCCCAUGACAUUGUCCAGGCAAGCACCCGAGUCAACUAUGCCUCGAACCUAGCAUACAUACAUGGCUUAGGCACUAUGGUUGCGAUGGCCCCCGAGGGAGCAGUGGCGGUGGCUGGCGGUAAUUGGCGGAUAUUCUCCCGUAUGGUCGCGAAGUCCCAGGCUUAUGUCUCGUUGAACUCCACCGUAUCCUCGAUUUAUAAAGAACGAAAAGAUGCAGACUCGGAUGUGACUAAAUACAGAAUCAAGACCCUAACCACCGGAUCCAUCGAUGCCGAGGCAGAACUACAUCCCGUAGCCUUUGACGAUGUCGUCAUUGCAACACCCUACCAAUUCAGCGGGAUCAGUUACGAUGAGAAUGUCAUGCCCCACCCCGUGGACUCGAUCCCAUACGUUACGCUACACGUGACGCUCUUCGCGUCCCCUUUCCGUUUCAGCCCGGAGUUCUUCAACCUAGACCCGGCGUCCGAAGUACCCAUCUCCGUACUUACAACCUUAGGACCGAAUGACGAGGCAAAGCCGGGACCGGACGGCGCCGGAAGCGCGGGAUUCUUCUCCGCGACACUUGUCAAAGUUGUCACAAGUCCCAAGACGCAAAACACGGAGUAUGUUUACAAGAUCUUUUCGCCCGACAAGGUGACCCCCGAAUUCCUAUCUCGGCUGUUAGGUGUCCAGAUACCGGAAACGUUUACUCGAUCUUCCUCCCCCGUUAGCAUAGAUGGCGACGAGGGGUGGACAAUCGUCGACCCUAUCACAUGGUAUCACCCCACGGUCUUCCAUCCUUACCCACAGAAGCUCCCUCGUGUCACAUUCCAGGAUCCUAUCCUCGGUGAUGGGCUGUAUUACACGUCGGGCAUCGAGAGCUUCAUCUCCACAAUGGAGACGAGCGCCCUCAUGGGCAAAAACGUCGCGCGAUUGAUUGCGGAUGACUACAUGGAGCCCCCGGCAGUUCAAAAGGUCGAUGAAAUGGAGGAACUUUAGGAAAUGAUUCUCAUCGCACUUUUGCUCAAAGCAGCACAAAGAGUUUAGGUUUA